CAAAUCCUUUGCACACCCAACAAAUCGUAUCCCGACCUCGACCUUAGAGCGGCUACAUACUUUUUCUGUCAUUGGAGUGAUUUUUGGCGCAAUUCGCACAGACGCUUCAAUUUGGGUUUUUGGGUUCUUUUUUUUUUGUUUUUAUCUUUCUUUUCCUCAACCCUUGUACCCUCGCCCGGCCUUUUUUCAUAUUUUUUCUGGGCCAGAGGCAUAACACGCUGGAUCCGUUCUUUUUCGCGACAAGCUCUCGCCACGACUCCAGCCACACCUCGAAAAGUCCCAGUCCCAGUCCUAGUCCUAGUCCGUCCCGUCGCCAAACGAUGCGACAAGCUCGGGGCAUAAGACCCUGAUUGGCGAUUGAUUGAUUGAACAACAGAGAAUUACAACAAAAAAUAAAAAUCGACCUUGUUGGGCUCGGUCGCGCGCGCCACGGCCCUGCCGCCCAUGGCAUCCGACAAAGGCCCCGUCGCAACCGAGGCUGCCUUUGCGACUCCUCCUGCGACCCAGGCCGCCGCCGCCGCCGCCAUCAACGCUGCAGAGCUAUUUGCUUCGGAGUCCGGGAGGUCUGGCUCGCUCAAGAGGGCCCGAGAGGCAACCCCCACCUCACCAGCCUCAGUAGCUGCAACGUUUCCCAAUUCCGAUCUCUCGCCUUCCAAAAUACAGCGACUCGGCUUCGCAGCUAGACACUCGCCAGCGCCUUUGACGGGUGCCCUCGCUGUGGAAGAAGAGAGGUUGCGCAGGGAAGAGGAGGCUAGACACGCCGACGCUGUCAGCGACAACCCCAGCCGGCGCGUUUUGGACACCCUGAGAUCCGCCACGAUGGAGAUGAGUCGAGCACAAGACGCCCCGGAGGCACCAGCUGCGACAGCUGGUCAGGACGAGCCGGCUGAUACUAGCCAUCAGGUCACCAUCCCCGCCUUGAGCCCACACAAACCUGACGUACCGGUCGAUACGAACCCUCAACCUCAGAGCGCAAAUCACAAUCCAAACGAGGGCGGUGCGCACCUUGUAGUCGACAGUCCCGCACCCAUGGAUGUCGACCAACGCAACGACCAGCAGGCCGGUGGCUUUGUUGCACAAUCAGAUGAGCAAGCCCCGGAGAAACAUACAGCAUACUCAUACCCAGGCAUCCAAUCUCCAAGCGCUGCCAUGGCCGCUCCGGCGCCACCUCCGCGCGGUAUGAGUCUUCCAAUGAACACAACACAACAUGCGGACAUUGCCCCGAGGUCGCCGUCCUCCAAGAAGCACAAGUGUCCCUAUUGCAACACUGAAUUCACGAGACAUCAUAACCUAAAGAGCCACCUGCUCACUCAUAGCCAAGAGAAGCCAUACAUGUGCAAUACAUGCCAGAUGCGCUUCCGUCGCCUGCACGAUUUAAAACGACACAGCAAACUUCAUACUGGAGAAAAGCCACACGUAUGUCCGAACUGUGAUCGAAGUUUUGCGCGGGGUGAUGCUUUAGCACGCCAUGCGAAGGGAGUCGGGGGCUGCGCUAGCCGUAGGGCCAGCAUGGGCAGUUUUGGCGCCGGCGACGGAGUCGAUGAAUCGGCGGUGCAUGAAGGUGAUGAGAGUAUGAUGUCGGGCGUCAUGUACGAGGCGAACGAUACAGCAAUGACGGAAGAGGACCGCAGGCGGCUCAGUAUGACAGCCGCCAUCAAACCCGCGCACGGAGCUGCGGGCCACACAUCAGAUAAUUUUGGCCAUCAGGGUCGUCCCCUAGCGAGACAGGGCACUGCUGGAGCUGGAGUUGCGGCUGCCGCCGGUGGCCCAAUCAACCACCAGCCGGGGGCCCACUCGCGGGCGUCAAGCGGCCCCAGCCAUGUGCCAAGCGGUAGUGGUGAAGGCUCAAAUAACCUCUUCAGUUCUGGCGAUAACACCACCAUAUGGUCAUACAUACAGUCGGUCGACAGCAAGUGGGAAGCAGCCUUCAAGGAGGUGCAGGAUCGGAUGGUUGUCCUCGAGGCUGCCAAAGCGGGCUCCGAUGCUCAGGUCAUCUUUUUGGAGAACAAAUUUACUCAGAUGGAAGGCAAGAAUGCACAGCUCGAGAACCAGGUCGCGCAACUUAUUGAGGAGGUCGACGGUCUGCGCCAGCGACUAGCAAUGCCGCAGCAGCUUGCGGAGGAACUCAACGCACUUCGACCACAUCUUUCGGAUUCAAGGGAUGUACACACUCCCGAAGCCGGCCAGCAGCAACACAGCGAGGUAGACCAAGAACAGCAGCAUCUCGAGGCAAUACAGCAGCAGCAGCAACCUGAGGCACAAAUUUCUGCCCAGCCUCAAUCUGUAGAAGAGAUGGACUUGGCUGCCCUCAAGGAGUAGGCAUCCUGCGGCGGUUAUCGUUUAUUGGUCGAUGCUCAGAAAUAGGCGUUUACAUCCCAUAGAGCACGUAGAGAACAAAAGGCCUCUCUUAUCGUGUGCUGUUUUGGGGUCUUCUUUUCGGCUCUCAUUGUAAUUGUAAUCUUUUUAUUCCUUUUCCAUCAUACCAUGUACCCUGCCCUUUUUUUCAGCAAUGUCGAUAUAUCCCUUCAUUUCACAUUUCCCGGACCAAGGCAUUAUUCACCAUUUGGGGGGACUGAGCGAGGAGGAACCGGGUGUAAACAAAAGCCGGGUGGCGUUAUGGGAGAAGGUGGCUUCAAACUUUGCGAACCAUUAUUUUGCUUUGCGCUUUUCUAUUUUUUUUUUUCUCUUUGUUUUGGACCUGAACUCCUUAGUUGUCAGAGUAGCAAGAGGUGCCGAUGAGUGGUUGUGCGCCAGCAGGCUCAGAUAGAUGAUGACGAACUCGACAAAAAAGGAAAUCGGGAAGGGCUCUGCGAUUUUUCAAGCUCUCCUGCAAGCCAUUACUUAGGUAGCUCAGAGCUCUUAUCUUGCUCUUGCUCGUGAGCAAACCCGAUCACUUUUGCUUGUUUUGGGCUGUAUGUUUCCCCCUUGUGCUUUGAGAUGCAACUGUGUUAUCGUAUAAAGUGCUUGGCUGUGAGGACCAGGGGGAGUAUGGCAGUAGUUUGGCGUUGCCG